GGGGAAUCGGGGCACCGUGAGCCGUAGAUGAGACCCCAUAUUGUGUUUUGAUACGCACAUUAAGCUUUUUCCAGAGUCACUCGAACCAUGGAUUAGUCAUAAGCCCAAUUGUGGUUCGCCACCUGAGGCAACAAGGCCCUACCCACCCCGCGUAAAUUUCUUAAUGUGUAUGGAAGAUAUCUGGGUUUCUGAUGCCCGGAAGCGGACAUUAAGCGAAAGGCACUGUCAAGGAAAAGGUCCCAUUGCCACCAACCCCCCACAAGGACCCAGAUAAUAAUAUAUUAAUAACAGUCCUUGUUAACCCCACUGCGUGAUGUAAUCCUCUUCCCUGCUCUUUGUCCAGUGACCAGCGGUCAAAACUGGCGGUGACCCUGACACUUCAGCCUGUUGAAAAAAACCCUUCACCUCUUCCCAACUUGCCCUAGCCAUUCAUUCAGUUCCUCUCAUCACAACACAAUGCCUCCGCUCAAGCUCAAUAACAAAAACCUGUCCCAGAUUUCGGCGGCAGGAGAGGCCCAGGUCAAGAUUCCAACCUACCAGCGCGGUGGCGCCGUCAAGGAGGGAAUCGUCCACGUCGGCGUGGGCGGCUUCCACAGAGCUCACCUGGCUGUCUAUGUCGACCAGUUGAUGCAGAAGAAUGGUGUUACUGACUACGCGAUCUGCGGUGUCGGUUUGCAACCCUUUGACGCCGCCAUGCGCGACGCCCUGGGAUCACAGGACCACCUCUACACAGUCAUUGAGCGUUCGGCCAAGGGCAGCUUUGCUCACGUGGUUGGCAGCAUCAACUCCUAUCUCUUUGCGCCCGAUAAUCGCGAGGCCGUCAUUGCCAAGAUGGCCCACCCUGAUACGCACAUUGUGUCGCUCACCAUCACCGAGAGCGGCUACUACUACAACGAGAACACCCACGAGCUGCAAAGCGAGCACCCCGACAUCCAGUUCGACCUCGACCCAGCCAACGAGAAGGCCCCUCGUACCACUUUCGGCUUCCUCUACGCCGCCCUGGCACGCCGCCACCAGCAAGGCCUCAAGCCCUUCACCGUCAUGUCGUGCGACAACAUGCAGAAGAACGGCUCCAUCACCCGCCACAUGCUCGAGUCGUUCGCGCGUCUACGCAACCCCGAGAUCGCCAAGUGGAUCGCCGAGCAAGGCGCCUUCCCCAACGCCAUGGUCGACCGUAUCACACCCCAGACCUCCGCCGCCGACAAAACGGUUCUCGCAGAGAACUUCGGCAUCGAGGACUCAUGGCCCGUCGUCACAGAACCCUUCAUGCAAUGGGUGAUCGAGGACCAGUUCUCCGACGGCCGCCCACCAUUUGAGAAGGUCGGCGUCCAGGUCGUCAAGGACGUCCACGCCGUCGAGCAGUUCGAGAAACACAAGCUCCGUCUGCUUAACGGCAGCCACUCGGCCCUGGGUUACCCAGGCCAGUUAGCGGGUUUCAAGUACGUCCACGAGGUCAUGGAGAACCCCGUGUUCAGCAAGUUCGUGUGGCAGAUGAUGCAGGACGAGGUGAAGCCGCUCUUGCCCGAAAUCCCGGGCGUCAACAUCGACGAGUACUGCAACACGCUCAUGGAGCGCUUCUCCAACCCGACCAUCAUGGACCAGCUGCCCCGUAUCUGUCUCAACGCUUCGGGCAAGAUCCCCCAGUUCAUCAUGCCCUCCAUCGCCGAGGCAAUCUGGGUUACUGGCCCGUUCCGCCGCCUGUGCUUCGUCGCUGCCGCCUGGUUCCGUUACGUUAGCGGCGUCGACGACAGUGGCGAGUCGUUCGUGGUUGACGACCCCAUGCGCGAGGAACUCCAGGCUAAGGCUCGCGCGGGAGGCACCAACCCGGCCGAGCUGCUCAGCAUCAAGAGUCUGUUCGGUGACGACUUGCGCGGCGACAAGAGGUUCAUUCAGACGAUCACCACGGCUAUGGAAGAAAUUGCUCAGGAUGGUAUUCUGAAGACCCUUCCCAAGUAUGUUGAUUAAUUGCCACGGCUAGGAGCGGUUGGCUUGGUAUAAAAGGUAUUUCUAGGUCUUUUAGCGAUGUGUACGUUUUAUUUCAUUAUUUGUUAUUUUUUCAUUUUGUUUUUAUCUUUAUUUUGGCAUGCGU